CAAAUCUAAAAUCCUUUUUGGAAAGAGAAAGCAAAGAAAGCAAACAAAAAGAAAUGGCUGCUUCGGACGAAAGCCCUGCUGCUAAGAGGUGGCUUCCUCUUGAAGCUAACCCUGAAGUUAUGAACCAGUUCCUUUGGGGACUUGGCCUUCAAGAGGAUGAAGCAGAGUGCUUUGAUGUUUAUGGCUUGGAUCUAGAACUCCUGGAAAUGGUUCCAAAGCCUGUACUUGCUGUCCUGUUUCUUUAUCCCCUAACCUCACAGAGUGAAGAAGAGAGAAUUCUGCAGGCAAAUGAAAAGAAGGAAAGUAGCAGUAGAGUUUAUUUUAUGAAACAAACUGUGGGCAACGCUUGUGGAACAAUUGGACUUCUUCAUGCUGUUGGGAACAUCACUUCAGAGAUCAAGCUUCUUGAGGGAUCAUUCUUGGAUAGAUUUUUCAAAACCACUGCAACAAUGGAUCCAUUGGAGCGUGCAGCAUUUCUUGAGAAUGACAGAGAAAUGGAAGUUGCUCAUUCUGUUGCAGCUACUGCUGGUGAAACAGAGGCUUCAGAUAAUGUGGACACUCAUUUCAUCUGCUUUGCAUGUGUGGAUGGGGAACUUUAUGAGCUCGAUGGAAGAAAGUUUGGACCCAUAUCUCAUGGUCCAUCCUCACCAAGCAGUUUAUUGCAGGAUGCAGCUAAAGUGAUACAGGGUAUGAUCCACAAGAAUCCUGAGUCACUCAACUUCAAUGUUAUUGCCAUUUCGAAGAAAGAUGGGUGUGCAUCUGUUUAAGCUUCUUUAAGCUGCUCGACUGUGGUUGAAAUGUUAACAGUUUAUAAUCCCUAAUGUUAUUAGGCAUCUUCAAACCCUCACUUCCCUUUUGAGUUUGUUCCUGAGGUAAUUUGGAAACGAAUUAGUUUUAUGCGAUCCAUUCUAUUUGUCUUGCA